GUAUUCAUCUCCAUCAUCCCAACCUCAAAUCAUAUUCUUGGACUGAAUUGUCAAAUGGGUCAGCUUCACUGUUGUCGAGUUCCCACCUAAGAAUUUGGUUGGUUACGGAUCUUUUGCUCAAGCUUUUAAGCUCUGGAAAGAAAGGGAAUGCAAGAGAUGCAAGAACCUAGCCCAAGCUCGAGCAAGAAGAUAUCAGCUGCAGUAGCCAGAGCUCACACCAGAAGAAACAGAGCCACCACCAGUAGUAGCAGCAUCAAAGGGAGACUCAAUUCCAUCUUAGCGAUGUUUGUGCCUAUAGCAAUGGCGUUAACAGUGGGAGCUUUGGGAUGGGUUUAUCAGUCCUUAAAGCCUCCGCCUCCUAAAAUUUGUGGGUCUCCUGGUGGACCUCCCAUCACUUCUCCAAGGGUACAGCUUAGGGAUGGGAGGCAUUUGGCCUACAAGGAGAUGGGAGUUGCUAAAGAAGAAGCUAAGCACAAACUCGUCAUCAUUCAUGGAUUCGAUAACUCCAAAGAUAUCAACCUUCCUAUCCAACAGGAACUUAUGGAGGAACUGAGCUUAUAUGUGCUGACGUUCGAUAGGGCAGGAUAUGGAGAGAGCGAUCCAUAUCCUUCCCGAUCGGUCAAGAGCGAAGCGUACGAUAUUGAAGAACUUGCUGAUAAGUUGCAGAUUGGGUCUAAAUUCUAUGUCAUGGGGAUCUCGAUGGGUGCCUAUCCUGCCUAUAGCUGUCUGAAUUAUAUACCACAUAGGCUGGCUGGAGUUGCCCUGGUGGUUCCAUUUGUGCACUACUGGUGGCCAUGUCUACCUGCAAACCUAUCGAGCGACGGCUUACAGAAGCUUCUUCCCAUGGAUAGCAGGGCGUUUCGCGUUGCUUACUAUGCUCCUUGGCUGUUCCACUGGUGGAUGACCCAGAAAUGGUUCCCUUCCUUGAGCCUCACCGCUGGAAACAUGGCCGUCUUCUGCCCUCAAGACAUGGAGAUGAUUGCUGAGAUGUCGAAAUCUCCAAAUCCACAUCAGGAGAAAGUGAAGCAGCAAGGUGUUCAUGAAUCUCUAUACAGAGACAUACUUGCCGGGUACUCGAAAUGGGAAUUCGACCCCACGGACUUGAUCAAUCCCUUCCCCAACAGCGAAGGGUCGGUCCAUAUCUGGCAGGGCACCGAGGACAGGAUCAUUCCUCGCGAGAUAAAUCGUUACUUGGCGGAGAAUAUUCCGUGGAUUCAGUACCACGAGGUUGAAGAUGCUGGGCAUAUGUUCAUCUUCCAGAAGGAGAAGGUCGAGACGGUUUUACGAGCACUGGUGCAGCCCGGACUAGAAGCCUAAGUGAUCUUCUAAAGCCAGUCAUAGACAGUAGCAAUCUGCUCCAAUGAAAUCAACCCUUAUAUGAGUCUAAGCUGUGAAAGCAGUCAUGAAAGUGUUACUGUAUGUGAGCAUAACCUUGUGUGGAAAGCAAGGCUAACAUGUAAGUGUGAGCUACUGGAACUUGUAUAGCAACAAGGUAGAAGGAAGAAGUGAAGAAAUAGAAUAAAAUGGGCUAGAAUUGUAGUGGGCCUACACCAAACCAACCCAUCAUAUCUUAUGGACUUCCAGGUGUUAAGAUUUACUGGACGGAGCCCAUUUUCAUAAACAAUGGCCCAUAGCAAGAACAAUAUGGAGAAAGAGGGAGACAGGCUCAUGGAAAAUGUGAAUAGGCACUCGAUUGUCUUCUUUCUCAUGAUAAACCUAAGUAACCUAACGUCCCCACCAAGGCACUAUACAUAAUACUGAAUUUCUCUAUUUCUUUACCCCAAUCCUUUGAGCUUCUGAUGCACGGAACGUGGAUGACUCGAGUUGUUACGAGAGAACAAAUAGAUCAAAAUUAUUUUUCUGUAAGUAAUAUUUGCAGUAUUCAUAUGAUUUUCUCAAAGGUAAUAUUUUGAAUAUUAGCACGAUUUUAAAGGAGAACUUUUUAAAUGAAUAGAGAGUACUAGAGGUGAUGUCAAAACUUAAAUCAAUAACUUGAAUAAUAAAAAAGUACAUUUUUUAUAGAUAGAUUAGGUUGUACGUUAUUCAAUUUGUGAGACAUCUUUUCACUUUUCCAAGUUUAAUGGCGGAUCUCCAUGCAACAAUCAAUUUAUUUAGUAAUGUGAUACUUGUGUGAUUUUAAUUUUAUUUAAAAGAACAAUAAGGGCAGACUUGUCGACUUAUCUUUGACUCAUUAGUUCGAUAUAAGUAACACCAAAAUAAUUAUUAUUUUUUAUUUCAAAAUUUUGUGUAAAGGAAAAUAUGUGUGAUAUCAUAUCAUAAACAAAUGGCUGGAAGUUCAUCUCUUAGCAUUUUCCAAUAACUCCAUUUAUUCAAAUCAUUUGGUUACUCACGUAUUAUCAUAAACUUCACCCGACAAAUCUUGUAUUCGAACCCUCACAGUACUCUAAAUAUGAACAAUCGAGUUCAGGACAAAAUAUAAUUCGAAUUUCAAGUUCAUCAAAUGUGUUUUUGAAACGACGUGUAAGAAGUAUUAUUAUAAUUCAUAACUCAACCUCUACCGACAUUUCCGUGAGGGAAAGGUGGGUUUUUUUAAAGCACGCAGUCAGGCGUUUGGCAUGGCCGCCGGCCGGAGGAAAUCGUGAUGAUCGGCACUCUGUUUUAUAUGGGUUUAUGAGUGCCGCAAGCUCCAAGCUCCAUGGCUUGUAGUUGAAGGGAGAAAUCUGCAACACGAAACACAAAUUGAUCAAUUAGCUAUUAGCCGUUAAAGUGGAUUACCCGUCGCCUUUGUCAACCUUUUCCCUUCCUUCCUACUUAUAAUAUAGUCGGCAACGGAGAAAGAGAGGUGAUGAUGAUGGCAGAAAAAAACAGGGGAUUGAGAAAAGCCGGACAAGGACGAAAUAUUCCAGCGAGAAAGGGAUUGUUCCUUCUUUUUUUUUAAUCAAAUCUAAAGGAUUCU